GUGCUAACAGCGGAUGUGAUAGUGGACGCCAUUUUGGCUCUUAAAACACAAAAUAUCUUACUCUGGAUUCGAUGUUUUCCAUAUUUUACUUUUUAUAUUUAAUUUAGAAUAAAAACUGGGUUUCACAAACUUAAUUUAAUGCAACUUCAGUCUUGUUUUAUUGUUAGUAAUUUGCCAAAAGGGGAAAAAACGUUCUGAAACCCCUACAACUAAACUCAGUUUUAGCGUUUCUUGCUUAGCUUUUCGUGUUUGUUUUGUUUUUAAACUCUUGCUAUGGGGGUCUGUUCUGCACCACACUGCUCCAACUCGUCCUACAUCGGAAAACAGCUGUUUCGGUUUCCCAAAGACCCUGAACGUAAGAAGAAGUGGGUGGUUAAUUGUCAACGUGACUUUGAACCAACUCCCCAUUCCAGACUGUGUCAGGAUCAUUUUGAGCAGAGCCAGUUUGAGGAAAUAGCCAAAUCCUCGGCCGGCCGCAAGAAACUGAAGCCCAAUGCCAUCCCCACUCUGUUCUGUGUGAAAAACCCUCCUUACCCCGCCAUCACUACUCCAUACAUCCGAUUGCUGCCACUGAGGAAUGAACCAGAAGAAAAGGAGAUUAUUUACAAAGACCAUGGCUAUGCCAGGCACACCCCCCUACCUGGCAUGGGGGAGGAGAAUGCGACGGCGGAGCAGGAUCCCUGCCUGGAGUGUGAGCUCCUGAAGAAACAGCUGGAUGAGGAAACGCAGCAGACAAUGCGACUAAAACAAGAGGUGAGAGCUAUGAAGAAGCGACUCUAUAGACUAAGUCGGAUUGAGAUGGGUCUCCAGAGCUUCCUCUAUGAGGAUCAGAUCAGGGCUCUGUCCCUCCCCAAGCGCUCCCGCCGAGCUGUCUGGUCCCCCGAGACAAUCCUGGAGGCCCGAAAUAUCCGCAGUAUUGUCGGAACUAAAGGCUAUGACUACCUGAGAGAGAUCGGAUACCCUCUACCCUCCUAUAGGACUCUGUGUAACCGCGUGGAGACUAAACUCAUGGUCACAACGGACAUGAACUGCGAGGAACUGAAUGAGCUGCACCUCGGGUUUAUGGCCUCAUGUGAAAGUCCUAUAGAAGGGGUUGGAGACCACGAGGAGGAAGAGCUCAUAGGGGUGUUGUCUUAAGCUGAAUGUGAACUACAGGGGGCAUUUAUAAAUCCCUUGAUUUUAAGAGAAACUGAAUUUUAUAAUCUGAAAUGUCUGUGUGUGAUGCCUUCGCUCAGGUGAAGUAUGACGCUCAAAAUCAAUGUUAGAGCCAUUUUAUCCUUUAGUGAUUCAAGCUAGAAAAACAGUUGAAGUUCACCAAGAAAUUUAAAAGAAAGUGGAUUUGUAAAUAUGAGAUUUGUGGACAGAAAAAUUGCAUAAAACCUUGUAGAAUUUGCUUGUUUCGUUUAAGCUGCUGUGUGUGUUCUACUCUGGUUCUAUUUGAACCACUUACACUGAAAUGUAUUUCUAUAUUCAAACUAAAGAACAGUUUAUAGAAUAAAAGUAAAUCUUCGGUAGUGUUAAGUUUAACCCAAUAAGAAAACCUUAACAUAAGUGAAAAUAUUGACUUUUUUCAUAGCUUUCUAAGAGUUUAAAUCUCCAGUUGCUCAUGAGGUUCGACUCCCAAAUAAUUGUCACUGUGACUGAAUAAAAAUAUUCAUUUUCAUGUGAAUGUAUAAAGGGUGUUUUUAAUAAACAAAAUGUUUUUUAAAAAUAUCUAUUUUGUUAAUUGUGAAAAUAAUCUUUUGAUGCCAAUACUGAGAUGAUGACACGUUGCAAAGGUGAGCCAUCAAUGAUUGGAUGUUUGUGCCUUUGGGGGCUUAUCUAUGUUGAACUCUGGUGCAACAACAACAUUGAAGAAGGUUGUUAUGUCUGUAACUGUUGACCUAUGCCUGCACAUAGAUAACUUGGCUAAAAAACAAUAUACCUUUCCGUCUGCUCAUUGGCUGCUUCUGAUCUGAUGUUAAUCCCGUAAAUCCUAAUCAAUACAAAAAACUGACAAAAAAAUCAAAUUAUUUUGGAAUCAAGAUGUAUUUUUGAGGAAAUAAAAAAAAUAACAUGUUACAACCUACAUUUUUUCAUGAUUGUAUCAGAACAAGUUCUUGUUUCCAGAACAUUUAUCAUCUCAAUUUUGAUCCACAAAUUUUUAACAUGGUCUAACUGUAUAAUAAAGAAUGAAUCAAGUAAUUUUGCAUUAUUUCAAUACAGCAAGUAGUCAUUUAAAAAAAGGAACAACAGUAACUGAGUUAUUCUUAAUAUAAAGUUUUGAAAAUUUGCUAAACUUUUUCCCGCCAAAAGUGUCACGGGAGCAGCCAUUUUGAAUUGAUCACGAAAAGGCCUUCUACUGCCCCAAGUGAGAGGAUGAUGAACUACAGGGUGGAAAACAUGGAACAAGUUUAUCCAAUGGGAUUUUAAGGAAAUUAAGGAUCAUUCUAAUGAGUUAGGAGUCUCAGCAAUGCACAAAUCAAAUAUAUGAAUCGUUAUACAGGGUUAGAAGCUGCUUUUAAUAUCGAGAAA